AUGCAACAACAGCACAACCAAGCCUAUUCUUCGGCAUUAUUCCUGUGUGAUGAACCACAGCCCAUCCAAUACUACAGCAAUUCUUUACCUGUCAACCAACACCAGCAAAUCAAGAAUUAUGAUCUGAGUCUAUUGCAACAGCCUCUCUUACUGACUUCACUACCACUCAGCAACUAUGCUUGUGGUGAUGUGUUUGACUACUCUACGUUGGACCUAUUUAAUACAUCUAUCCAUGCAAACAACAAUUUCCCAUUUGCUAGCACUACAUCUACUGCUGGUCCUGCGUCAUACACAUCCACAACAAACAUCCAUCACGGUGCAACCACAGUGUCUCCUCCGCCGUCGUCUGCUUCCAACUGUAGCUAUUUUGAAGGCGAAGGCUCUCUUAGCCCCGUUUUGUAUACAUCAAAUGCAAUGCCACCUUAUCAUAGUGGUGAUGAGGGCCCUGAAUGGGGUCAGCAGCAUCAUCAACAUCUCUAUGAAACGAAACGUGGUAGAAAAAGAAAGAAUCCAGCUGAUACCACUAGUAAAAGAAAGAGACAUCACAUUCAACAUAUGCCCUCCCACACUACCUCUGCUAAAGGAAACGGCACUACUCGAUGUACCAACUGUCGUACUGGCAAUACACCUCUGUGGCGACGAAACCCUCAAGGACAACCCCUCUGCAAUGCUUGUGGAUUGUUUCUCAAGUUACACGGCACGGUUAGACCACUCAGUCUCAAGACUGACAUUAUCAAGAAGCGUAACCGUUCUGGGUCCCAGAAAGAGAGCACUACUAAUACUGCUACAAGCACGGGUACGAAUGAUGAAGAUGGCCAUGCACUUCUUAAAUCCACUGCUGCCUCUCAUCGCAAACGACGCACAUCAGCAAGCGCAAAGCAUAAGCAAGAUACAGACUCUGUAGCCUCAUUAUCGUCCUUGUCAUCACUGUCUGAUCUGCAUGAGGAAGACGAAUCGUAUUUCUGUAGCGACAUUGCUACAGCAGAAGUGGAAAACCACCCGCAAAACAAUGAACUACUCCUGGUGGACACUGUGUUCUUGGGAACAGGAGGAAGCGACAUUGAUGCGUUUAUCCAUGGCAAUAGCGCACAUGAUUUCGAGUGCAUUACAAACAAUCCAACCGCUAAUACAUAUGAUUUCUUUUUAUAA